GCACUGCCACUCUCAACAUGGCGGCCCGAAGGCGCCGUUUCCUUUGUCUCUCCCGCCUCCAUCCUUGUGCGGGCGCCCAAGCGGAUGUGAGCCGCCGCUGACUUCCGGUUUCUCUGGCGUGGACCCUGGACCCUUCUCCACGGGGAUUCCGCCCCCUCCUCGGGAUCUGCUGCCUCUGCCUGUGGAUCAUGCUGCUGCCGCUGCUGCUGCCCACACUGAGCGCCCUGGCCUCUGCCGUGGAGGUGAAGCGACCCCGGGGGGUCUCUCUGACCAACCAUCACUUCUAUGAGGAAUUGAAGCCGUUCACCUGCCUGGACGGGUCUUCAACCAUCGCCUUCGAGUGGGUCAAUGACGAUUACUGCGACUGUCAGGAUGGCUCGGACGAGCCAGGGACCUCGGCUUGCCCCAACGGCCGGUUUCACUGCACCAACGCCGGCUACCGGCCACAGUACAUCCCCUCCUCCCGCGUCAACGACGGCGUCUGCGAUUGCUGCGACGCCACGGACGAGUACAACAGCGGCUUCGUGUGUGAGAAUACCUGCAAAGAGAUGGGCCGGAAGGAGCGGGAGGCGCUGGCCCAGAUGGCAGAAGUGGCCAGGGAAGGCUUCCAACUCAAGCAGGUGCUGAUUGAAGAAGCGAGCAAGGGCAGGGAAGACAAGCAGAGGACACUGGCUGAGCUACAGGAGGGGAAGAAGUCUCUGGAGGAGCAAGUGGAGACUCUGAGAUCGGUGAAGGACACAGCAGAGAAGCCAGAAAAGGAAGCCAAGGAGAUUCACCAGAAGAAGUGGGAGGAACAGAAGGCGGCCGAGAAGGCGGCGCGGGAGCAGGCCCGAGCCAGCGAAGCCUUCCAGGAGCUGGACGAUGACGGGGACGGCCUGGUGUCGGUGGCGGAGCUCCAGACCCACGUGGAGCUGGAUGUGGAUGGAGACGGGACCCUCUCUGAAACGGAAGCCCAGACUCUUCUGGGCAACGUCUUGCAGGCCGACGCCUCCAGCUUCCAGGACACCGUGUGGGCUGCAAUCAAGGAAAACUACAAGCCCGAGGCCCUGCCCGAUGCCACUCCCCUGCCCGAGGCCCCGGAGCCCCAGCCGGACAUGCCCUUGGAGCAACCGGCCCCCGAGGACGACUACGAUGAGGAAGAGGAGGAGGAGGGCGACGAUGAUGAGAGCAACGAAGAGGAGCCGAAGGUCCCCCCACCCAAGCAGCCAUCCGACAAGACAGCGGAGGAGGACGAGGCGGAGAAGAUGCCCCCGUAUGAUGAAGCAACACAGGCCCUCAUCGACGCUGCCCAGAAAGCCCGGGAGCAAUUUGAAGAAGCCGAAAAGUCUCUGAAGGAAAUGGAGGAUUCCAUCCAGAGUCUGGAGAAGGAGAUCUCGUUUGAUUUCGGCCCCCAGGGGGAGUUCGCGUAUCUCUACAGCCAGUGCUACGAGCUCAGCACCACCGAGUAGGUGCCGGUGAUCGGUUUGAUUCCCCCCUCCCGCCCUCAA